AGUGUUCGAGUAUCGAGUAGAUCUACGAGCGAGAAAGAGAGAUCGAGAGUCUCUAUUCACACAGUGAUCUAUCAAUUUUCACCUGGAUCUAAUAGUUAUAAGUGUGUUUUUUUUUUCUGUCAGGAGUAGCUCUUGGGAUUUGGAAUCACAUGUAAGAUAUUAUAAUGUAUUGCAAUACCAUCUGUGAAAAAUAAAACAUUUAUAAGACUUCUAGCUGGGUUUAAAUAAAGUCAAUUGACAAAAGACAAGACAAGAUGGCUGCACAUCAAGGUGUAAGCCGGAUGUUACCAGAGCGAGAACAUGAAAGUCAUCUCUUUGCUCACCGGGAAAAGAUGAAGAAAAUGCCAGCACAAAUUGACAACUCCACUCCACCACAGUAUCUUCAUUUGGAAUUAAGGCUGAAACGACUUGAGAUGGAGGAACAAAGGAAAAGAGAAAUUGACAGAGAUAACAGAAUUCUGCUCCAAAAAAUGUCUGAGAUUUUAUCCAAGAAUAAUGAAAAUGGGAAUUCAAAGGAUAAAAAGCGUAGCAAAAGCUUAAAUGAUGAACAGCGUCAACAUGAACGGGACAGACUGGAGGAAGAAAAUGUUAAAGCUGCUAAAAGACUUGAGUCAACUAAGCCGAUAUACAACUCUAAAAAAUGGGAAGAAGAUUACAAACAGAAGCAGAAGUUGAUGGAGUCUUGGCAAAGAACAAAACAAAAGAAAGGACAUGGCAAAAAUGAAGAUCAGGAAAAGCUACCUCCUAUCAAUGGUCAGGCACAACCUAAAGAAGAAAAAAAAUCAAAUUCAGGGGAUGCUCCACCAAACACAGCUCGAUCUCGCCAGUCUGAUUCUCAACAAAAUACUUCCCGUACUGAAAGGUCACAAUCACCCAAAUCUGCCAGGACUCCAAGAAAACAAAAUAAAAAUAACCCAGAUCGAGAACUGUGGAUGUACUAUGGCAUACGACCAGGAGAUUCGGAUGAUGAAAAUGAUUUUUACAACCAGUCACCUUAUUUGGAUCCAGCCAAAGAGAAAGAGCGACGACGUAAACAUAGGGAAGGGAGAAAAACAACAGAUGUUGAUGCCAAAGAGCUGAGAAAAGUCGCCAAGAGAAUGGCUCCCCCUCAUGAUAUUAUUACAAGAACACUUGCGAAAAAAUCCUUCCAACACAGAAUGAAGGUCAAGGAAAAAUACAAGGAGUCUUAUGAUGUUGAACUUGAAGAAGAUCUCAAGAAUGGACUUGGCGGCGAAUGGAAUGUUCUGAUUGAAGCUCUUCUCAACGAACAGAAUGUUGGACAAGGGAAAAAUGCUGGCCGAGCUGUGAAAGGCGGUGAUGCAGUGACUCUGGUUAAGAAGGUUGCACCUCUAUCAGAACAAGAGUUAAAUACUUUCAAAGAAGACUAUGAAAAAGAAAACUCUAGCAGCUUAGAAAGUGAUAUAGCAGACAAUUUUAAAAAUCCAGUCAAAAUGUUUCUUCUCACUUUGGUGUCUGGAAAGAAAAAAGAACAAAAUAAAGACAAGACUGCAGCACUAAAAGAUGCUCAUUCACUUCUAGAGAAUGAAAAAGAUCGGUGGACAUCUAAAAAGAGCACAUUUAUUAAACUUGUGGAAAAAAGCCACCUCAGUCACAUGCGCAAUGUGUUUGAGAAUUACAAAAAAAUUAACAAAGGCAAGCCAGUGACCAAGUCCAUACAAGAAGAUUGUCAUGAUAAAUCUGCAGAUUCGUAUGCUGAUGUAGUUGGCGCUUACAUUAGCUGCUCCGAGACAGCUGGUACAGAGAAAGCUGAUUACCUACAUAAAAACUUGGAUCCAACAAACCCAGAAUUUGUCAAAACAGUAGUUGCCAGGUCCGAGACGGACUUGCCCAGUGUUAGAAAAACUUACAAGAAAAAGUAUGUGAAUGAGUUAUCUGAUGAUCUGGAGCAGGUCAGUAACCAUACAACAGUUGGGAUACUCAGAGCCAUCAUCAUGAAGGACCCACCAAAACAAAAGAAAAAUACAAAUGAAAAGAAUAAAGAUAAGAGCAAACCCAAAGAAACUCAGCGUGAUAGAUCAUCAUCUUCUUCAUCCUCAUCCUCAUCAUCUGAAGAUGAACAAAAAACUGAAGAUGAGAAAAAGAAAGAAGAAAAGAAAAAAGAGGACGAACAAAAGGCUAAACAGGAGAAGGAUGAUAAACAGAAAGGUGAAGCUAAAAAGCAGCAAGCAAAGACAAAAGAAGAGACAAAAAAGAAAAGAGAUCAAUCUUCUUCCUCUAGUGAUUCUGAUGAAGGGAAGAAGAAAGAAGAUAAAACUGUGAAAAUUGAAAAUAAGAAAACCAAAGAUGAUGUGAAAAAAAGUUUAAACAAAGAUAAAAGAGAAGGUCAAAAGGCUGAUAAGAGAGAUCAUUCAUCAUCUUCAAGUGACUCAGACAGUGAUAAAAAGAAGUCCGCUCAGAAAAAGGAGGAGGCCAAAAAAUUCCAAGACAAGAGUCCUAGGAAAGCAGUUGACGCAAAGACACCAAGACAAGAAGUGAAGCCUAAGAAAGAAGUGAAGAAAAAGGAAGAUAAAGAUGACAAGUCUUCAUCAUCCUCUGAGUCAUCUGAUGAUGAAAAAAAGACUAAACCCACCAAAGCUAAAGGAAAGCCUCCACAAAAAGAAGCCUUGAAAAAAGACUCACAGAAGCCGAAACAAGAAGGGGGUGAGAAAGAAACAAAACAGAAGAAAGAAGUUAAAAAAACAACAAAGUCUGAGUCCUCCUCCUCUGAUGAAUCUGAUGAUGAAAAGAAAAAAAACACUGAAAAAAAAGUCACCAUAACAAAAGUUCAAGUACAGAGUAAGUCAAAAACAGACUCCAAAGAUUCACCAAGAGCUAAACGACAAGUUAAAAAAGAUACGAGAAAUAAGAAACCAACUAAAGAUGAUUCCUCUUCUUCAGAUGACUCUGACGAUGGAAAAAAAAAGAAGACUGAGAAAAAAGUUGAGGUUGUUAAAUCUCAAGAAAAAACUGUCAAGAAAGAACCCCCAAAGAAAGUUGAAAAGAAACCAACUAAAGAUGACUCCUCUUCCUCAGAUGACUCUGACGAUGGAAAAAAAAAGAAGACUGAGAAAAAAGUUGAGGUUGUUAAAUCUCAAGAAAAAACUGUCAAGAAAGAACCCCCAAAGAAAGUUGAAAAGAAACCAACUAAAGAUGACUCCUCUUCUUCAGAUGACUCUGACAAUGGAAAAAAAAAGAAGACAGAGAAAAAAGUUGAGGUUGUUAAAUCUCAAGAAAAAACGGUCAAAAAAGAACCUCCAAAGAAAGUUGAAAGCAUGAAAAAGGAAGUGAAAGGAAAGAAAGAACCACAGAAAAAAGACAAGAAAGAUGAAUCAUCUAGUUCAUCCGAUGAUGAUGAUGAUAAGAGAAAGAAGACUGAAAGUAAAAAACCAGUAAGUAAAAGUCCAGAGAAAGCUGUUAAAAAAGAAAGUGAUCAGAAGCAGAAAGCUGGUGAUGGGGCCAAAAAAGAUGUGAAAGAAGCAAAAACUUCCAAAGUAAAAGACAAAAAGAGAGAUGAUGACUCAUCGUCAUCCUCAUCAGAUGAUGAAAAAGGUAAAAAAGACAAAGAAAAGCAAGAAAUCAAGGGACAAGAAAAUAAAAAGAAAGAGGAGAAAAAAGAUGAUAAAGAUAAAAAAGAAGUAAAGAAAGAAGAAAAAAAGGAUGAGGACAAAAUCAAUGAAAAUGAUGAAGAUGCAGUGAAAUUGUACAAAGCCAUGAAAGGACUUGGAACAAAAGAAGAUGUAAUAAUUGAGGUCAUUGUCAGGAACUCUAACUCUCAGAGACAAACAUUGAAGAAAAGAUAUGAAGAGCUCUAUAAGAAGGAGCUAGUCAAAGAUUUGGACUCAGAACUUAGUGGGGACUUUAAAGAGACCAUUUUGUCUUUGAUGAUGAUGCCUGCAGAUCUUGAUGCAUACUCUCUAAACAAAGCCAUGAAAGGUUUGGGCACAGAUGAAGCUACUCUCAUAGACAUUAUUUGCAUCAAAACACCAGCAGAACUGGAGGAAAUCAAAAAGAUUUAUAAAAAAGAGUAUGGCCAAGAGUUGGAAGCCAGCGUAGCUAAAGAAACAAGUGGAGACUUGAAAGACAUUCUCUUGCAGAGAUUAAAGGGACAUAAAGACAAUAAAGAAGCAGAUAAAAAAGAUAAAGGAAAACGCUCCAAGGGUGAUAAAGACAAAGCUAAAGUUGAUCAACAAAAAGCAGAGAAUGAUGCUAAAGCUCUACAUGAGAAUCCAUCAACUGAUAAAGUGAAACUUCUUUUUCAAGAAAGUCAGGAUCAGAUUACAGCUACAUCUGAUGCUCAUAAUAAGCUGUACAAUGAAGAUAUAACUGAGUCCAUUAAGAAAGCUUGUUCUGGAGAUACAGAGAUUGCUUAUCUAACUUUAUUGAAAUCCCAGGGAGACCAAUCUGAACUGUAUGCAGAUAGACUGAACUCUUCUGUUAAAGGUCUAGGAACCAAUGAUUCUCAGCUUAUUAGGAUACUUGUUUCUACUUCAGAGUCAAGUCUACCAGCUAUCAAAGGACACUACCAACAACUCUAUGGUCGCUCCUUGAAAAAAGAUGUUGAGGAUGACACCAGUGGAGACUACAAGAAAACAUUGGUCAAGAUUAUUGAUAAAGUUGGUGAGGAGAAACCUAAACCCAAGAAACAGGAAGUACCAAAGGAAAAAGCUAAAGAUAAAAGCUCAGAGAAGAAAGUUGUGGAAGAGGAGAAAACUGCUAACUUGAAAGCAAAAAAUGUUCAGUUCAUUGAGAAAGAGGGAAAAAAAGAAGUGAAGAAAGAGGAAGAGAAGAAGGAGAAAAAAGAUGUUAAGAAAGAAGAAAAGAAAGAGGAGAAAAAAGAUGUUAAGAAAGAAGAAAAGAAAGAGGAGAAAAAAGAAGUGAAGAAAGAUGAAAAAAAAGAAGUGAAGAAAGAAGAAAAGAAAGAGGAGAAAAAAGAAGUGAAGAAAGAAGAAAAGAAAGAGGAGAAAAAAGAAGUGAAGAAAGAAGAGAAAAAGGAUGAUGACAAAAUCAAUGAAAAUGAUGAAGAUGCAGUGAAAUUGUACAAAGCCAUGAAGGGACUUGGAACAAAAGAAGAUGUAAUAAUUGAGGUCAUUGUCAGGAACUCUAACUCUCAGAGACAAACAUUGAAGAAAAGAUACAAUGAGCUGUACAAAAAAGAUCUAGUCAAGGACCUAGAGUCUGAACUCAGCGGAGACUUUAAAGAAACAAUUCUGGCACUAAUGUAUUCCCCUGUAGACUAUGAUGCCUAUGCUCUCAGCAAGGCAAUGAAAGGUUUGGGCACAGAUGAAGGUCUUCUGAUCAGCAUCAUAUGUACAAAAACACCCGCUGAACUGGAAGAAAUCAAAAAAGUUUUUAAGAAAGACUAUAAGAAAGAUUUGGAUUCAGCAGUCAAGAAAGAAACAAGUGGAGACCUCCAGGAGAUCUUAUUGCAGAGGCUCUCUGGGAAGUCAGAAAAAGGCUCUGGAGACAAAGAGAAAGCAGAAAAAGAUGCAACACUCUUACAUGAAAAUCUCUCAGCCUCUGUGGUCAAGUCUAUUUUCAAAAAUGGCCCAGCUCAUUAUAAGGCUACAUCAGAAGCACAUAAACAGCUCUUUGCUGAAGACAUCUGUGAGUCCAUCAAGAAAGCCUGUGCUGGGGAUGCAGAGUCAGCUUAUUUAGCUCUAAUGAAAUCACAAGAGGAACCUUCUGCUCAUUUUGCUGAAUGUUUAAACAAAUCUAUGAAAGGCAUUGGUACAAAUGAUUCUCAACUUAUUUAUAUUCUUGUUUCAAGAUCCGAGUUGGACCUUCCAGCAAUCAAAGGUCACUAUCAACAACUAUAUGGUCAUUCCUUGAAGAAAGAUGUUGAAGGUGACACCAGUGGAGACUACAAGAAAACUUUGGUCAAGAUCAUUGAUAAAGUGGGUGAACAGAAACCUGCUGCCAAGGCAAAGGCGCCAGCUAAGGAGAGAGCUAGAUCCCAAAGUCCUGCCAAAGGUGUCUUGAUCAUGGAGAAGUCCAAAGAUGUUCAUGGCAAGCAGGAGAGAAAGGAGGAAAAGCCAGUUGUAAAAGAAGAAAAAAACACUGUGUCUCAAGCCAAGAAUGUGGAUCACAAACAAGUCAAGAAAGAAGAAAAGAAAGAGGAGAAAAAAGAUGUUAAGAAAGAAGAAAAGAAAGAGGAGAAAAAAGAUGUUAAGAAAGAAGAAAAGAAAGAGGAGAAAAAAGAUGUUAAGAAAGAAGAAAAGAAAGAGGAGAAAAAAGAUGUUAAGAAAGAAGAAAAGAAAGAGGAGAAAAAAGAUGUUAAGAAAGAAGAAAAGAAGGAAACAAAGAAAGAGGAGAAAAAAGAGGAUGAUAAAAUCAAUGAAAAUGAUGAGGAUGCAGUGAAAUUGUACAAAGCCAUGAAAGGACUUGGAACAAAAGAAGAUGUAAUAAUUGAGGUCAUUGUCAGGAACUCUAACUCUCAGAGACAAACAUUGAAGAAAAGAUAUGAAGAGCUCUAUAAGAAGGAUCUGGUGAAAGAUUUAGACUCUGAACUAAGUGGUGAUUUCAAAGACACAAUUUUAGCCCUGAUGAUGCCUCCCCUUGAUUUUGAUGCCUACUCCCUAAAUAAAUCAAUGAAAGGUCUUGGAACAGAUGAAGCUACUCUAGUAGAUAUCAUUUGCACAAAGAACAAUGAUGAAUUAAAAGAGAUUUCUAAAAUCUACAAGAAAGAAUAUAAAACUGACUUAGAAUCUGCUGUAAAGAAAGAAACCAGUGGAGACUUAAAAGAUCUUCUGCUAUUGAAGCUAAGUGGAAAACAAGAGAAAGAUUCCAAGACAGAUCAAACAAAAGCUGAAACUCUGGCUAAAGUUCUGCAUGAAACACCACAGGCUGCAACUGUCAAAGAACUGUUUAAGAGUGGUCCAGCUCAGAUUGCAGCAACUGCUGCAGCUCACAGACAGUUGUAUGAUCAAGACAUCACUGAGUCAAUAAAGAAAGCCAAGUGUGGAGAAGCUGAGCAAGCCUACAUUGCACUAUUAAAGUUCCCAGAAAAUCCAGCCAGUUAUUUAGCUGAAAGAUUAAAUAGUUCUAUGAAAGGUCUUGGCACAAGGGACACACAGUUGAUAAGAAUACUUGUCUCUAAUUCUGAGUCUCAACUUCCCGCCAUCAAAGGUUUCUACCAACAGCUUUAUGGUCACUCCUUGAAGAAAGAUGUUGAGGGCGACACAAGUGGAGACUACAGAAAAACUCUAAUCAAGAUUAUUGAUAAAGUUGGGGAACAGAAGCCGCCUGAUAAGAAAAAGGAAGUGAAGCAAGAGAAACCAGUGCAGAAAACUGCAGCAGCACAGCCUGUUAAGGUUGAGAAAUCUAAAGAUGUCCAAGCUAAACAAGAAAGCAAAAAGGAAGAAAAGAAAGAGGAGAAAAAAGAAGUGAAGAAAGAAGAAAAGAAAGAGGAGAAAAAAGAAGUGAAGAAAGAAGAAAAGAAAGAGGAGAAAAAAGAAGUGAAGAAAGAAGAAAAGAAAGAGGAGAAAAAAGAAGUAAAGAAAGAAGAAAAGAAAGAGGAGAAAAAAGAUGUUAAGAAAGAAGAAAAGAAAGAGGAGAAAAAAGAAGAAAAGAAAGAAGAAAAAAAGGAUGAUGACAAAAUCAAUGAAAAUGAUGAAGAUGCAGUGAAAUUGUACAAAGCCAUGAAGGGACUUGGAACAAAAGAAGAUGUAAUAAUUGAGGUCAUUGUCAGGAACUCUAACUCUCAGAGACAAACAUUGAAGAAAAGAUACAAUGAGCUUUACAAAAAAGAUCUUGUGAAAGAUCUAGACUCUGAACUAAGUGGGGAUUUCAAAGAAACCAUUCUGGGUCUUAUGAUGACACCAGUUGAAUUUGAUGCUUACAUUCUGAACAAAGCCAUGAAAGGGAUAGGAACAGAUGAAUCUGUUUUGACUGCUAUCAUUUGUUCUAGAACCACAGCCGAGCUACAAGAAAUCAAUAAAGUCUUCAAAAAAUCUUACAAAAAAGAUGUUGAUUCAGAAGUAAAAAAAGAGACCAGUGGAGAUUACAAAGAUAUUCUGCUGCAGAUUUUAGAGGGGAAGAAAGACAAGGGAGCUAAACUUGACCAGGCUAAAGCUGAAGCAGAUGCAAAGGCUCUUCAUGAUCAACCUUCAGCUGCUACAGCAAAAGAAAUCUUUAAGGGAACCUUUGAACAAAUCAAUGCUACUGCUUCUGCUUACAAGAAUCUUUUCAGUGAAGACAUUUCAGUUUCUAUCAAAAAAGCCGACUGCAAAGAUGCAGAAGGUGCUUACCUGGCAAUAUUAAAAUCUCAGGAGAAAGCCAGCUUUUAUGCAGAAUGUUUAAACAGCGCCAUGAAAGGACUUGGCACCAAAGACACGCUUCUAAUGAGCAUCUUGAUUUCAAGAUCAGAAAUUGACCUCCCUGCAAUCAAAGGUCACUAUCAACAACUGUAUGGUCACUCCUUGAAGAAGGAUGUUGAGGGAGACACCAGUGGAGACUACAAGAAAACUUUGGUCAAGAUCAUUGAUAAAGUGGGUGAGGAGAAGCCAGCAGCUAAAGCCAAGGAGCCUGAAAAAGCUCAAACAGAGAGCCCAUCCAAAGCUGCUGCACCUGUGGCUGUUAAAUCAACUGAGAAGAAGGAAGAAAAGAAGGAAGUGAAGAAAGAAGAAAAGAAAGAGGAGAAAAAAGAAGAGAAGAAAGAAGAAAAGAAAGAGGAGAAAAAAGAAGUGAAGAAAGAAGAAAAGAAAGAGGAGAAGAAAGAGGAGAAAAAAGAAGAAAAGAAAGAAGAGAAAAAGGAUGAUGACAAAAUCAAUGAAAAUGAUGAAGAUGCAGUGAAAUUGUACAAAGCCAUGAAAGGACUUGGAACUAAUGAAGAUGUAAUAAUUGAGGUCAUUGUCAGGAACUCUAACUCUCAGAGACAAACAUUGAAGAAAAGAUAUGAAGAGCUCUACAAAAAGAACCUGGUGAAAGACCUGGACUCUGAACUUAGUGGAGAUUUCAAAGAAGUGAUCCUAGGACUAAUGAUGCCUCCUGUAGAGUAUGAUGCCUAUAUUUUGUCUAAGGCUAUGAAAGGUGUGGGCACUGAUGAAGCUGUACUCAAUGCUGUCCUAUGUACCAAAACCUCCACAGAACUCAAGGAAAUCAGCAAAACUUACAAAACUGUAUACAAUAAAGAUUUGGAAUCGGAAGUCAAAAGUGAGACAAGUGGAAACUAUCAAAAUUUCUUAACCCAAAUUUUAGAUGGAAUGAAAGAAAAAGAAACUAAAACUGACCAAUCAGAGGCUGAGAAACAUUCUAAAGCUUUACAUGAGAAACCAUCUGCUGAAACAGUAGAUGAAAUUUUCAAAGGCAGUUUUGCUCAGAUUAAAGCAACAGCCAAGACUUAUGAAGAGAUGUUUGAUGAGAGUAUAACAGUUGCUAUCAAGAAAGCUGGAUGUGGGGAUUCUGAAGGAGCUUACAUUGCUAUAGUGAAGUGCCCUCAGGACAAAUCUGAAUUCUUAGCAGAAACUCUAAACGCUUCAAUGAAAGGUCUGGGUACAAAAGAUACUUUGCUUACAAGUAUUAUUGUAUCUCAAUCAGAGUCUGACCUUCCAGCCAUCAAAGGUCACUACCAACAACUCUAUGGUCACUCCUUGAAAAAAGAUGUUGAGGAUGACACCAGUGGAGACUACAAGAAAACAUUGGUCAAGAUUAUUGAUAAAGUUGGUGAGGAGAAGCCACCAGAGAAGAAAAAAGAACCCAAAAUUGUAAAAGAAGAGAAAUCUAAUGAUGUACAUUCUCAGGUAGGAGAAAAGAAAGAAGAGAAAAAAGAGGAUAAGAAAGAUGUCAACCUAGAAGAAAAGAAAGAAGAGAAAAAAGAGGAAAAGAAGGAUGAGAAAAAAGAUGAUGACAAAAUCAAUGAAAAUGAUGAAGAUGCAGUGAAAUUGUUCAAAGCCAUGAAAGGACUUGGAACAAAAGAAGAUGUAAUAAUUGAGGUCAUUGUCAGGAACUCUAACUCUCAGAGACAAACAUUGAAGAAAAGAUAUGAAGAGCUCUAUAAGAAGGAUCUAGUGAAGGAUCUUGAUUCAGAAUUGAGUGGAGAUUUCAAAGCAACAGUGCUCUCUCUGAUGAUGACUCCAGCAGAGUUUGAUGCCUACUCACUAAACAAAGGCAUGCAGGGCAAGGGAUGUGACGAGGACACACUGAUUGAAAUUAUUUGUACAAGAUCUGAGAGUGAAAUAGAAGAAAUCAAGAAGGAAUACAAGAAAGACUUCAACAAAGAUUUAGAGCAGGAGGUCAAAAAAGAAUGCAAAGGUGAUCUUGAAGACUUGCUGCUGGAACUUUUAUCCAGCAAGAAAGAAAAAGGAGGAAAGACUAAUGACAAAAAAGCAGAGGAAGAUGCUAAGGCGUUAUUUGAAAAGCCAUCAGUUGAUAAUUUAAAGAAAAUAUUUAUGAAGAGCACUCCUGAACAAAUUCUGGCUACUGCUGCUCAACAUAAGAAGUUAUAUGGUGAAGAUCUAACAGAAUCUAUCAAAAGGGCAAGCUCUGGAGACACUGAAAAGGCUUAUCUUGCAGUUGCCAAGUCUCUUAUGAACCAGAGUCACUAUUUCACUGAAAGAUUGAAUGAUGCUAUCAAAGGAUUAGGCACCAAAGACACCCAGCUCAUAAGAAUAUUGGUCUCAAGAUCAGAGAAAGACUUGCCAGUGAUCAAGGGACGCUACCGUAGAGUGUAUGAGCGCACUCUCAGGCAGGAUGUUGAGGGGGACACCAGUGGAGACUAUAGAGCGACUCUUCUCAAAAUCAUAGACAAAGUGGGAGAAGUGGAAGACACAUCAGUGAUAGAGGAGGAAGAAGAUGCCAAACAACUGUAUAAAGCUAUGCAUAGAGUGGGCACAGAUGAAGACACAGUAAUUAGAAUUGUUACAAAGAACUCCAACGCUGACAGACAGAGGCUAAAGGUCAGGUAUCAGGAACUAUAUAAACAGGACUUGAUGAAAGAUUUAAGAUCUGAACUAAGUGGUGAUUUUGAGGACACAAUUGUGGCCAUGAUGAUGCCAGCAGUGGAUUACGAUGCCUUCUGCUUGUAUGAAGCCAUGAAAGGUUUGAAAACAGACAAAGCCACCCUGAUCGGAAUCAUUUGCACCAAGAACAAUGAUCAGAUGGAGGCUGUUAAACAAAUCUACAAACAAAAUUACCAAAAAGACCUUGAACUUGAAAUAGUCAAGGACACAAGUGGCGAUUUUAGGGAGUUACUCUUGCAAUUAGUAAGUGGACAAAGAGACCAAAGGACUGAAGUCAACAAACCCAUGGCAGAAGAGGAUGCUAAACUUAUCCAUGAGAAACCAAGUGCAGAAACUUUGAGAAGAAUUUUAGUCACCAACAGUCGAGAGCAAGUCAUUGCUACAGCCGAAGCUCAUCAAAAGCUCUACAAUGAAGAUAUGUUGGACUCUAUCAAGAAGGCCAGCCAUGGAGAGACAGAAGAUGCCUAUGUAGCGUUAGUGAAAGCACUUCAAGAUCCAACAAAUUUCUUUACUAAAAGUUUGCAUGAUUCAAUGAAAGGCUUAGGAACUAAUGACAAACAGCUGAUUAGAAUUUUGGUUUCUAGAUCUGAGAUUGAUCUUCCAGCUAUUACUGACAAGUAUCAAGAGUUGUAUGGACACAGCCUCCAAUCUGAUGUAGAGAGUGACACCAGUGGGGACUACAGGAAGACUCUACUUGCUAUCAUCGCCUCCUGGGGGGAGAAGGGAAAAGAACCCAAGACAGAACAAAGCAACCCAGCUAAGAAGUGAAAGGAUCCCUUAUAAAAUAGGGAAUUCAAUUUUCAUUAGAUCACAAUCUCAUGCUGUGAUUUAAAAAAUACACUAAGAAUUACUUUUGAAAUUCUAAUCUAUUUUGUAUUCAGUAUUGAUGUAAGUAAAAAGUAAUCUUUUUUAUUGCAAUAGAAUACACUGUAUAUUGUUUGUUUGUUUUUUUAUAUUUCAUCCACAGUAUUGAAUUAUGUACAUUGGCCAAAAUAACUGUGAUAAGUAACAUGUAACUGUGAUAUAUAUGGUUAUAAAUACUAAAUUUACUAAAUGAUGAUAAUGUAAUAUCUUGUUCUUCUUCUAGCCAGCUUUUUGCUGCUGAGCUGUAGGCUCUUUUUCUUCUUCUGUUGUUCAGUUCUGCCACUCAGAGUGAUAAUGUUAAUGUAAUGGUAGUUUUGUCUGCCUAAGGUGGAUUAAAAUGGGAAAUUCAAACAGGAUUAAUUCAUUUUCAUAAGGGUGGGCACAGUAUCUACAAAAGGUGGAUUAAAAUGGGAAAUUCAAACAGGAUUAAUUCAUUUUCAUAAGGGUGGGCACAGUAUCUACAAAAGGUAGAUUAAAAUGGGAAAUUCAAACAGGAUUAAUUCAUUUUCAUAAGGGUGGGCACAGUAUCUACAAACCCCUGUUAAGGUAAUAAUUUAAAGGUGGAUGUUAAUUGGGGAAAUUUAUACUAUCCAGUUUGAAGUCGUCUUUUCUUAGUACAAACCUCAACCUGGUUGAGCCUCUCCUCUUUGUAAUUGCUGGCCAACAUGGACUUGAGAUUGGGUUAGUUUGCUGGUCUGGUUCUUCCAUUGAUGACCCUGCUUUUGACAGUCUAUCAGCCUUUUCAUUUCCUAAUUUCAUUUGAUAUGCUAAAUAAUGUAAUAGAAUGUGAACUGUUUUAUAUAACUUUUUUGAUAAAAUGAAUUUUAUUAAUUUUAUUUUACAUAUUUAAAAUGUUUUUUUUUUCUUUUUACUUAUUAUCAAUUCGAUGAAGUGAUGGUACUAUUGGACUGUCAUGGAAUCAAGAAACUAUUCCCAAAUGUGCCUACAAUUAACAUGUGAUAUAUUUUCAUUAAGAUUUAUCUUAUUAAUCAAUAAAUACCAUGUACUUUUACCAUACAAAGCAAAUUAAUGGUACUGGAUUUUUUUUCACUUGUGUUUGCUGCUGACUUUUUGUAUAUACUAGUUUAUAAAAGAAUCAAUUUACAAGUACCAGAGUUACAGUGGUACUUUAAGAUUUACUGUAUUUUUAGUUUUUGCAUAAAUUCUUUGUUUAGAAUCAUUUUAAGACUUAACACAAAAAAAUGUAUUGCAUUUUGUUGACAUUAAAAAUUUAAAUUAAGAAACA